AUGAACCGCCUUGCGUCCCAGAUCGUGCGUGGGCCUGUCGCUUCCUCCUGGGCCUCGGCUCGCAACGUCAUCGCAGCGCCGUCGACGAUCGCUCGUUGCUCGUACUGCUCGCCCUCGACAUCGACAGCGGGCUACAUCUCCGCACGCUCGGUCACAUCUACAAGUUCGAAGAAGCAAUCCACUGCUACUGCUGAUCAGUACGUUCCUUACUUAGUCCGCGACCCCUGAAUGCGCCUUGCGCGGCACUCGAUCCUCGGCGUGUUCCCCAGUAGCUGAUCUCCCGACCCACUUUCCUCCCACCAGAUUCGUCAACAUCAUUCAAGCCGAUGCGGCCCGAGCUCUCGCAUCCAUCAAAUCCCUCACCCCCUCAGCAGGCUUCACUUUAACCGAUGGACUCGUCGUCCCUUCCCCUAUGCUCAUCCUCGACGGCGUCGUCUUCCUUUGGGACGUCGGACCUCCGAAUCCGCAAACGAUGAGUUGGGAGGGUUGGAAUCUGGACAAGUUGAGGGCUUUUGAGAUGGUGACGCCUAGACCAGGUCGGUUCCGAGGGGCAUCUACAAGUCUGACACAAUGUGAUUUGCGGGAGCUGACGUGUUGGAUCGACGAUAACAGAAAUUUUGCUCGUGGGCACGGGCAAAACUGGUCUCUUACCACCACCUGCAUUCAAGAAGUACCUCAAUGGUCUGGGCAUCCAGGUGGAUGUACUUGAUUCGGUAGGUGUUUCCUUCUUUGCUCUCAAAGUACUCUCCGCUAGAGACGAACUGACAGGCGGGCAUAUUCUACAGCGAAACGCUUGCGCGACCUACAAUCUCCUUUCGGAAGAAGGUCGUCGGGUAGGAGCCGCUUUGUACCCCCUGACAGAACUUUCGGCUAGGACAGGUGUAGUCGCCAAGGAUGUGCAGCGGUGA